UUGAGCCUUCUUGAAUAUAUCCUGUAGACCUGAUGGUUUAGAAUGCUGUGUGGGAUUUAAGUGGAAUUAUACUGAAAACAAAUGCACACGUUGUUUAGAUGGGUAUUAUGGACAAAUUGUAGUCAAACAUGUCCAAUGCCUAGUUAUGGGUGGAACUGUCAGCUAACAUGUAACUGUAGUAAUGACCAAUGUCACCGCAUGUAUGGAUGUCAACGGCUGCAGUCUGAAUGUAGCAAUGGGCGCAUUAGCCAUUACAGUGAAGUUAGUUGUCCUUAUCCUAACUACGGAAAAGAAUGCCAAUUGCAAUGUAGAUGCAACAAGGAACUCUGUGAUCCGGCUACUGGAUGUAAAAAGCAAGGAAAUCGUACUCUAACGCCAUCUUCGAGGAGACACAGUGACAUCACAUAUUCUCUGAAAGCAACAUAUCAAAUUGAAGAACUCAGUAAUUAA